UUUAGCAGACACACUCCUUCACUUAGACGUCCACGACUGCACACAUUUGCUACUUGUCAGACCCCUUCCUCUCCUCUCACAAUGACCCUCUGCUCCAGCUGCUUCCUCCCCCUGCUCUUCCUCCUCAUCCUGUCCCUGUCCUCUCUCACGAGCGCUGAGCCAAGACGCUCCACUUCCGGUCAUCAUCGCAGGGCCCCGCGUGCGCCUGCCGCAAAGGUGCGUCUGGCGGGGAACUUCGCCCGGGAGCCUCACGAGGGUCGCGUAGAGGUGCUGCACAACAACACGUGGGGGACGGUGUGUGACGACGAGGUGGACAUCAACCUGGCCAACGUGGUGUGUCGAGAGAUAGGCUUCCUGGGGGGCAUCACGUGGGCACACAGCGCCAAAUAUGGAGAAGGACAAGGCCCCAUAUGGAUGGACAAUGUUCGCUGUGAUGGUUCUGAGAAGUCCUUAAAAGACUGCAAGCACAGUGGUUGGGGGGUGAAUGACUGCAAACAUUCUGAAGACUUGGGGGUGGUGUGCACCCCUGAGCGCAGGCAAGAGCAGACAAGCAGUAGAGACCAAAGCAACGCCAUUGGGACCAAUGGCGGUCCUGCGCCUCAUUGGCAAAACCUUGUGACCACCCGCAGGCACACUGGAUAUGGUUAUUAUGGUAACGGACAUGCAUAUGAGGUCCCUAUCAUCCAGAGGCAAUACCUUAACCAGGGUCACAGUAAGGUUCGAAUUGAGGAGGUGCGCCUGAGGCCCAUCCUCAUGGCGACCAAGAAGAAGAGCUUGGUCACAGAAGGUGUGGUGGAAGUGAAGCACGCUGGGAGAUGGAGGCAAGUCUGCGACAUGGGCUGGAGCCUCAACAGCAGCAGAGUCUUGUGUGGGAUGCUCGGCUUUCCGGAGGCCGCUCAGCCUAACGUCAAAAUGUACAAGAAAAUAUGGGACACCAAAGUUGCAGAUCCUUCAACAAGGUUGAGCGUCAUGGCCAAGAAGAAGGGCUUCUGGAUGGAGAAAGUCAACUGUCUGGGCAGUGAGAACACGCUGUCCGAGUGCCACGCUCAGCUGUCAUUCCCCCGUAGCCCUGCCCCCUGUAAGAACGGCCGACAUGCCGUGGUCAAAUGUGUGCCGGGCCCUCAGUUUUCCAGAAUCUCUUCUGGGAGACCCCAAGCCCCCUACCCAGUUGUGCCGGUGCGUCUGAAGGCCGGGCCCAGGCUGGGUGAGGGACGUGUGGAGGUGCUCCGAGAUGGAAAAUGGGGGACGAUCGUGGACCACAUGUGGGAGAGGACUGCUGCCAGCGUGGUGUGCAGAGAGCUGGGCUUCGGUUCUGCCAAGGAUGCACUGCAUGGCGCCUUUAUGGGUCAAGGUACUGGACCCAUCCACAUGAACAGUGUACAGUGCAUUGGCACAGAGCGCUCCAUCCUGGACUGCUACUUCCAGGAAGUUCAACCGUGGACGUUCAAACACAGCCAGGAUGCCUCAGUGCGCUGUAACGUCCCCAAAACGGGCACAGAGCACAUGGUGCGGCUGGCUGGUGGGAGGGUUCCAUCCGAGGGCAGAGUGGAGGUGCUGAUGGAAGUUGGUGGCCGUAAACGUUGGGGUUCCGUCUGUAGUGAGAACUGGGGCAUCAACGAGGCCAUGGUGGUGUGCAGACAGCUGGGUCUGGGCUUUGCUGCGAGUGCACAUGAGGAUACUUGGUAUUGGUCCAGUGACCCCAAUGCAGCCGAGCUGAUUCUCAGCGGAACUCACUGUGUGGGAACCGAGCUCUCAAUUCAGCAGUGUCGUCGAAACAACCACAUGCACUGUCCUCGAGGUGGCGGAGCUAAGGCUGCUGGGGUUACCUGCUCAGAAACCGCCCCUGACCUCGUUCUGGACGCCCAGCUGGUCCAGGAGACGGCCUACCUGGAAGACCGACCGCUCCACCUGCUCAGCUGUGCCAAUGAGGAGAACUGUCUGUCCUCCUCCGCCGCCAGGAUGAACUGGCCGUACGGUCAUAGACGACUCCUACGCUUCUCCUCGCGCAUCAUGAACCUGGGCCGCUCCGAUUUCCGACCCAAAGCGACGAGAGAGAGCUGGACGUGGCACCAGUGUCACAGGCAUUACCACAGCAUCGAGGUGUUCACACAUUACGACCUGCUGACUCUCAAUGGCACCAGGGUCGCGGAGGGACAUAAGGCCAGUUUCUGUCUGGAGGACACGCAUUGCCCUGAUGGUGUCCAAAAGCGCUUUUCUUGUUAUAACAUGGGUGACCAGGGUAUCUCUGUGGGCUGCUGGGACACCUACCGCCACGAUAUCGACUGUCAGUGGGUGGAUGUGACGGACGUACGGCCUGGAGAUUACAUCUUUCAGGUGGAAGUCAACCCCUCCAUGGACAUGGCCGAGUCGGACUUUAUGAACAACGUUAUGCGAUGUCGCUGCAAAUACGACGGCCACAGAGCUUUCAUGUACGGAUGUCACGCAGGUGAGCAUCCAUUUUCCACCACUUUUCCCGACACCACUCUGUCACUGCUGACUCUCUUCUCCCCGCUUCAAGGAGAUGCAUACAGCGCAGAGAUAGAAGACCUGUUCGAGCACCAGAGGCAAAUAACCAACAACUUUGUGUAGAGGAAGCCAUAAGACCCAACACGAAGCGCGUCGCAUGGGGGCUCAGACGCUGCUCAAGGUGGGCAGAGGUCAUGGCCCCGGUCCCUUGGGACAUUAGCACCCACUAUUAACUAGGAACACAGAAAGUAAUGCUGCCUGUCCAUCUGCUUGGCAGCUGAUAAACAUCACGUCACAAAACAAACCAAUAACUAGACCGGCCAAUGACAACAAGAGUGGCCCAUGCAGCUUUUGGCUUUAAUUACUCUAGUUAUAUUGAUUCUAUUUUUUUGGGAAUGUGGACUACUAAUAACUUUUUCCAAACUUAUACACAUGAAAGAUUAAAGACACAACACUAAUAUAUUUACAUAAAAUAGUUUUAAAUUGUGAUCUGGAGGAAGUUUAGCCAUGCUUGUUAGAUUAACAAUGGAAGAGUGCUUUUAAAUACUUUAGAUCUACACGUGAAUUAAAAAAAAAAAGUAUAUUAAAUCAUUUCUAAUUCAUAUCCUUGGCUUUAACAAAACAGUGGCUGCCACAUUACAUUUUGCUUGCCAACUUAACAAGGUAGGAAAACUUAAAGCUAUUUUAUGGAACAAAGCACUUUAUCUUUAUACAUCAAUAUUCUUCUAAUUCUGUCCCAUAUUGUUUUCUUUUUAAUUUAGCUUUGACUUAUUCCGAAUAUUUGCUUUAUAUAGUAUGCUACAGCUUUUUUCAGACAGAGAAAUAUUAAUGUGGUGCUUUAGUAUGCAAUGUACUAUUUAUACUGAUAUUUUAUUUAUUAAUAGGAACACGCAACAUAUUCAGUCAACUACAGUUUACCUUAUUUUGUUCUGGAACAACCUUCACAGCUAUGGGGCAUUUUACAAAAUACACGUGAAUAAUCUUAUUUUAAAUUUGGUUAUUGAAACAACUGUAGAAAUUUCUGCCCUCAAUUUUUUUGGUUGGGAGGGAACACCAGUGUGACAGAACCACAGUUUUGCGGUCAUCAUGCCAGCAGGCUUUGAGAGCGUAUAAAAAAGCCUUUUAAUUACGUCUGUUUGGGUUCGUUUCAAGGUUACGGUUAGGCUUUUAUGCGCAAUAUAGAAUGGCUGCCUGUUGAAUCACGGAAAGAACUGACAUUUAGGGACAAGAGACGUUGAAAGGUGUGGUCAAGGUGUGAUUGAGACAAAGGGAAAGGAUCAACUUCCAAGAAAGGCAAAUGUUUAUGCAGAUAUACUUUUGUUUACCAUCAAAGGUCCCAAAAAGACAACAACCUUUUUGGCUGCGGGCAUAAACAGGGGUUUUACUUUUGUGAAUCCCUACCUUUUGUCUCUUUUUUGUUAAACAUGUAACUUUUAUUUGAGUUAUCAGGGCCACGCUGAGAAGAAAAACAAUAACUAUAGCAACUUUAAAAGAAUGCAUUUUAAUGGGAAUUAUGUCUAUAUUUAAUAUUAGGACAAAAAAGCCUUGAUUUUAAGUCACAAUAUUGAUCAUGUUUUUCCUGGGUAUAUAAAUAUAUUAGAAAGUCACAAUAUUUAAAUAUUAAUAUACCCAGGAAAAAAAGUUUGGAAGAAAAAAUUAUAAAAUUAUUUUGGAAUGAAUUAAUUUGAAUUAAGUUAAAUUAUGAUGCUAUUAUUUAUAAUUAAUAGAUUAAAGAAGUCAUCACAAGAUAAAAAAUAAGAAAAGUUAAAAUAAUAAAAAAUAAUAAAAUCAUAAUCUUAGAAAGAAAAAUUUUGACAAAAAAAAUUACAUUUUACAAGAAAAAAAAAGGUAAUGGUAGGAGAAUAAAAUUCUGCCAUCUCAAGAAAAAAAAGCUGCUAUUUUACAAGAAUAAAAUUGUAAUAUUUCAAGCAUAAACGUAUAACUUCUUUUUAACGGCUGGUAAAUAACAUAACCAGGGAUGCUCCCAUCAGGUUUUUAUGCCGCCGAUACUGAUAAUCGAGUGAAAUCGGCCGAUACUGAUACCGAUACGGAUCACAUAGAUUGUGUACAUUUUUAAAUGUACUACUGGCCACAUCAGGGGUCACCAACGUUUUUCUUGUGAGAGCUCCUUUUACAAAAUUUAAGAAAAUGGCUAAGAGCUACUCAUUUUUGUAACAUUUAUUUUCAUAGCUUAUUUCAACCCAAAUAAACUGAAUAUGCUUGUUUUACCACAUUAACAAAAUGCUGGUAUCCACAACUCACAUUUUAGAAGGCAUUUCUUUCUGGUGUUCACACAUUAUUAACUGAAAACCUGAAUAAAAAGCGGGCUUACAGGCGCCUCAUGUGGUCGUGGGGGGGGGCUCCCUGGGCUAUAUGAUAUGAAAGGGGAACCAUAACAUUUAGACAAAAACAUAUUUGACUUACUUUUUCAAAAUCACAAAAAGACUCAGAGAGAUCAGGGCGGGAGAUGGUCCCUAUUGGCUGGAUGCUGCAAUGGGGUCGGAGCUGAUCGGCAUUCAAAAGCAAGUAUCGGCAUAUACCGAUUCCGUGCUUUUUCACGCAAAUUGGCCGGUACUGAUCGGUGGUCGGUCGAUAGGAGCACCCCUCAACAUAACCUAAAUAAUAUAUGGCAGGUUUCCAAAGAAAGUGUUUAUGUGGGAAUUUUGAAAUUCACUCAUAACAUUUUUUUUCUUGUAAUAGUCCUACUUUAUUGCCACUCCUACUUUUUUGUCAUAACUGAACCUUCCCCGCCCCCAGCGUGGCCCCGGGACUCCUUCAUACUUUUUGAUGUAACUGCAUUUUAUUUCCAACAUGUAAUUUUCAUUCAUCACAUGUUCCCCCGCUAAAUGUACAGGAUUUGAUGUGUUUAGAUUGCUUUCAAAAGUGAAACCUGUUUAACAUACUCACGAGGACAUUGUAUGAAAAGUUAAGCACUGCAUUAGAUUUGAAUGCGAGUCUUUUCUGCUACAUUCACAUUAGAAAAAAGCUUCUUCCAAUAUUACCAAAAUUAGUCCGUUUUCUUCUAAUUACAGCUCUCCUUUAUACAAAAUCGAAUAAUUUAUUGUGAGAACAAACUUCAUUAAGACUCAAGUGUAAACUGGAUUCAUUUUUUCUUCUUUAUUUUAUUUUGUCUGAAAUAAUCUGAACAUUUGCUUGCAUUUUAAAGUCAGCAUUACUUAAAGCAGCUAAAUAUACCAAAUAGCAGACUUGAAAGGAGUGUUUACUGUUGCUUUCCGCUUAUGUACAGUCACUACUGUCAUAUUUUUUAAAUAGUCUGUUAUAUGUGUUAUUUAAAAUUGUAUGCAGUUCCAUAGCUCCAGUGAGUUAAUAUUGCUCACGCUCAUCUUCUUACUGUAUGUGCCCCUUGCUAUAUGUGUAGCAUCUGUAUGGCCGGUGGUGCCUUAAAGCUGAGAGUGUGAGCUCCACGGUGCUCCUUCUUUACAUUCACAUUGAUAGCAAGCUGAGCUCUCAGGGACUAGGACCUCGUUUCAAAUGUACAUGUGAUGUGACACACACAAACACACACGCACACACACCAAAGACAAUUCUGGUACUGAAAAGUAUGAAGGUGAUCGUUAGAGGAUGAAGUGUGGAUAAACACUGGCUGAGUCACUUCAAAUCACCUUUUUUCAUCCAUUCAUCAUGACUGUGAAUCAAUAAAACAUCAUCACACACUAAGUUGUCGCUGCUCCCUGUUGAUUCAAGAGUAUUUGUCCAUGACAAACUUCUUCUACAUCAGGAAGACAAAUGGUGCUCUAUUACGCAACAGUUGCAUUCCACCUGCAAACCAACUUGACCCCAAAGUUCAAUUUUUGACACAUACGGAUGACUGGAACUAAGUUACAAGCUCUCUGUAACCAAAACCCCCAAAAAGCCUUUCAAGCUGUUAGGCUUGCUUUCGACUUAAUCCUUUGCAAACAUCGCCUUCCCCUUCUGAGUGCCGACAAGCAGCCAGACUAUUUCAGUAACACAAACACACAAAGUGUCCUGGAACUGAUGACCAAAUGCAAGCAAUAUCAAACCAGGUACAAGUGUAGUCUGGGAAGGA